AUGGUCCAAUAUAUAGUAGCCCAGUCAGAGGAUCCAAGGCCGAGCGAGUUGCAACUCUACGGAAAAAGUCACUGCAAAUGUGCAGCCAAACUGGCUGCACAGAGACUCAAGAUUGAGAGGCAGCUCCCAAAAGAGCAGAGCAAGAUAUAUGCCAAGCUCAGCAGUUGGGAGUUUUCCAAAGACAUUUUGGAGAAACUCACACGGGCUGGAUUCACAAUAGGGGACUUGAUUGCCUACAUCUUUAAUCCAAGUUCAGGUCAAGGCACUUAUUGGUGGGAUGGGUUCUUUCGAGUGAAAGGAGCAGCCACUCAAAUACUGAAUUUCUGGAGCUCAAACAGAAACAACCGGAGUAACCAAAGUGAAGUACGCACCUGGGCAUUCAACUACAUAUGUAGUGCAGUCAAGAAAGAAGCUCACCACAUUAUGCAGACCAGAUACCUGCAGAGCAAUAAGAAGCAUGUCAAUGGGGAUUAUUUCCUCAAUUUCAAUCUCAAAGCAAUGUAUUUGCAUCUACGACAGAGUGCCAAAAUAGCCUCUAAUGUGUUUGAGGCUUUCACAACAUCGUCUAAACAAAAGAGGGGUGUGACACCUACCAAGCAAGCAAAAAAAGAUGUAGUGCUAUCAUCUAUGAUGUUACAAGCGCUUGGCAAGUACAGCCAAGAUAAUAACAUUCUCAAAAAAGUCAUGGGCUUGUAUUUCUAUGCUACAGGAGUACAGUGCCAGGCCAUCUCUGUGGCAUCACAUCUCAGAAUUUCUGAAAGUUAUAGCUGUGUUAUACAGAAACCAUGCAUAGCCAAAGCGAAAGGAGUUGGACAAGAUCAAUUACUGAAUGUAAAUCUAUCAGUAAAAUCAUGGAAGCCAGGGACAUUGCAGUCACUAUCCAACUCAAUGCGUGAAGUGGCACGGAGUGUUGCCUCCACUGGAUUAUUUGCUGUAGUCUAUGGCAACAUAAAUAUGAUGUUGUAUGUUGCAGAGCAAGCUGUAGGCAGAAAUGGUAAACACCAAUAUUCACAGGAAAAUGGAACAUGUGCCUCAAAAGAUGAUAUGAAACUUACCAACUGUGAAAAAUUGUUCAAUAAUGCAAGAUCAUUAUCAUUCAAAGAUGUCAUUCUCAACUAA